AUGAAGAUCCAAAUAUUUACCGCUCCUGCUCUAUGCUUGAGCGGUCUUACUCUUUUGAUAAGAGCAGAUUCACUAAGGUUUUUCUCUUUGAAAAAAGACGAUGAUACCGACAAGAACAACCCGUCCAACUCUCUUGAUAACCUGAAGGCUUUGUUUGCUGCUAGGCUGGCUGUUUGUGAGCUUAUCGGCGCUGGAGCUGCGAUUCCCGAACAAUGUUCUCCUAUUCUUAUAUCUCAUUCGACCUAUGGGCACCCGGGUGCGCAGGAUCAAGUUCAGCCCUCCCGGCUAGAGCCAUGUCUCAGGUCUCUAGAAUCUCGGCCCCAAUGGUGGACGAGCUAUAGUAACAGCAGACAAAAUGCAGCCGUCAUGUGCCAGGCAGCAAGAACGGAGAUUGAACGAGAACACGACCUCAAGCGGUAUAGGAAGUUGAUAGAUAUCACCUCCAUUUUAAACAACUCUCUUAACCAGACACUUACAACAGCAGCUAUGGAGGCCUCUCGGCAAAGAGGGUUUUUAGAGGUCGUGGAUGAAAUGCGAAACCAGCUCUUGCAAGACUUGGAAAAUGGAUUUUUACGAUAUCACGAUAUAAAGUCGAAGGUAUUUGAUGAUGCCGAGGGAGUACAAAUCGUGAUGUCUGCUGCGAAAACAGAUGCUGCCAAUGUGAAGAAGGAUCUCCUUUCCGCUUCGAAUUCGGUCCAUGAGUUGAAGCAGGCGCUUAAUGAGAUUCGCCUGACUAGUGCGAAAAGGGCUACUGAGAUGGCUGCAGCUGAAAGGAAGAACCAUCAAGAGAACUUAGCAUUGGUCUCUUCCGUGAGACAGUCGGCUGAAUUUCUAGCGAGUCAGAAGUUGGGCCCCAUCAUUGAAGGCAAGCCGUCGAAAAGUCCAUGA